AGAAAACAACAGCUGAGUUCUAGAACUUUGUAGAAGGAUAAGACCUCGGAAGAAGAUGCACAUAACUGAAGCUACUAGAAUAUAGAGAAAGAUUCCACAGCACGCUUUUAUUUCUCCGAAAACUUCCAUUUUUUUCUGGAAUAAUCUAUGUCCCUCUUAUAAAUAGCUGUUUCCAUUCCCUCUUCUCCAUAGAAAGCGAUGGAUUUCAGAGUGAUGGGUUUGGAAUCUCCACUGUUCCACACGCUGCACCGCAUGAUGGACAUGUCGGAGGAGGGUGCAGGGGAGAAGACACACAAUGCUCCGACACAGACAUACAUGCGAGACGCGAAAGCAAUGGCUGCAACACCUGCGGAUGUGAAGGAAUAUCCCAAUUCCUACGUGUUCGUGGUCGACAUGCCGGGGUUGAAAUCUGGUGACAUAAAGGUUCAGGUUGAAGAUGAUAACGUGCUUUUGAUUAGCGGGGAGAGAAAGAGGGAAGAAGAGAAAGAAGAGAAAGAAGGGGUGAAGUUUCUGAGAAUGGAACGGAGGGUUGGGAAAUUCAUGCGCAAGUUUGUUUUACCUGAAAAUGCGAACACUGAUGCGAUCUCUGCUGUGUGUCAAGAUGGUGUGCUUAGUGUUACUGUGCAGAAAUUGCCUCCUCCUCAACCUAAGAAGCCUAGGACCAUUGAAGUCAAGAUUGCUUGAUAUUCAAGAACAGAACAAAUGAAUGUUGUUUUGAACUGUUGGGGGUUUACAAGAUGUUUUAGCUUGGUUUGGUUGUAAUUUCUUAUCUGUGUCCACUGUUGUUUUUGUAGUUUUGUGAUAAUAUCAGCAAUGAUUUUGACAUUUCUCAAA